AUGGAAUUCUCAAACAGUGGUGACUCCGUGUUUCACCGCUUCCAGGCCGCCUUCGUCCACGACGGGCAAGGGCAGCUUCUGUACUGCACCGGGCCGCAAAAAGGCAGGGUGCAGGAGCACUGGGAAGUGAUCAACCGGCAUCUUCCUAGCCGAUCCCAGACGGCAACAGGCGAGAGCCAGAAGGCCGGAUCUGCGGACCUCGAUGGACCCCUCCGAGGCUCAAGGCUCUACGAGAUGCGGCGUCCCGGCUCUGGCCCCACGGGCCUCAUCCUCGACGCCUCGUCUCAGAACAGUAACACGCCCAGCACGCAGUUCGAGGAGUUCUUUGCGCAACUGCUCCUCGACCAGGCAGACUUUGCUAUCCGCGACUUCGGGUUGAUGAAGUCGCCCUCCGGCGCAUCUCUGGCCGUCACGGAGCAGAUCGUCGACCUGUUCGACAGCUUCCUCAGGUAUCAGGGGAAAGACGACCGGUGGGAGGUCUGCGGAAAGGCAUACUUCACAGAACGCGUCAGGCAUUUCACCUCGCAAAAUGCCAGCAUCGAGCUCUGUCUGCCCGCUUUCCCCUGCAAAUCGUCAAAUACAAACAAGGUCCUCGGCAAAGCUCCCGAUCGGGGAGAGCGGCUAGCACUGGAGCGGCUUCAUAGUUUCGUUGAGGCCAUCGAAAAGAUGUACCAGCCCGGCGCCAAGAUGUGGAUCAUCAGUGACGGCCAUGUCUUCAGUGAUUGCAUCGGAGUCGAUGAUGCCGAUGUCGACAUGUAUGGCGAGAAGCUGAAGGAGAUGAACCGUGCCAUCGGCAUCAGCAGAGGCAACACCGACCGUGUUGGUUUCAGGUCGCUCGUCGACCUCUUCGAGCUGGACAGGGCAAGGUCGCAGUACAAGCUCUCGGCGCUCCAGACGCAACUCAGCAUCCUUAAUAUCGAGCACCACGUCGAGACGAGGUUGACCGUGGAGGCCGAGCUGUGCAGACAGAUCCUCAUGGCUGGCUGCCAGCCCCAGGAGUCCGCAGUCCGCGCCAAAAUCAAGUCGCAAAAUGCGACGAUCCUCGCCCUGUACCGCGGGUUCUCGCGGUUCAUGCUGGAGGACCUUGAGCUGCACCCCCACACGCAGCAGAUGACUAGGAGCCAGAGGAAGAAACUGUCGACAAAGGUGGCGUUCGAGAUGAUCAUGAGGAACCAAUCAUAUUCCAACCUGGUUGAGCUGCUUCUACCGAACCACGUGCGCCUCUCCAUCCACGCUCACAACAACGCCGGGCCGAAAUUCGGAAUCCAGCUGUUCGACCCCGCCGUCGUUCGCGCCGUCGAGGGUCUCUCACCCGACGGUACGCCAAUGGCCUCCCGCGACCUCCUUCACAUUCCCACGCCCUGGCACAACUGCGUCGCCGAGGUCGAGGGCAGUCCCUAUCUCCUCGUCACCAAGGCCAGCAUCCCCCGAGAGGCGAUGUCCUUGGGCGCCGUGACCGGCGAGGUUGCGACCAGGGAAGCGCCGUGCUUUGUCCUGCGGCCAAGGGAACAUGGUGUUGCCGCAGUCGACAAAGCAGGAGAGAAAAUAGAAUCCCCGCCGGCGGCCGUCGCCGAUAAGCUCACCCCAGCCCCGACGACGCCAACCCCCGCUCAGAAGCCCAACGCGCCGAAGAGCAGGGGGCGGUUCGACUGGGCUCGCAGGCUGGCUGCCUUUCCGGUCAUCUGCUGGCUGGGCAUGGUGUUUUAUCACCGCGUUGUGGAGGCGUUUGUGUAA